CUUAUUAGCAGCUGCCAUCAUUCCCCACCCCCUCCUCCGCCCGGUCCCCCUCUGCGGGGAAGAGCGAUGCAGCAGUCAGGCAAGAACAAAUGGCUCGCACACAGCGUCAUAGCCGGGGCUGGAGGCGGACUCGUUGCUAGUAUCGCCACCUGUCCACUCGACGUCGUCAAGACAAAAUUGCAGGCUCAGCAAGCUGUAGCAGGCCAGGAGAGCUAUCAAGGCGUUCGCGACAUCCUCAAGAACACACUGCGUCACGAUGGCAUUCGAGGAUUGUACCGCGGUCUCGGUCCAACAAUUUUGGGCUACCUCCCCACUUGGGCAAUCUACUUUGCAGUCUACGACGGCAUCAAGACCCGCUUCGGAGAACCCCCGCUGGGUGAGACUCAGAAACCGAGGCGCAUAUACCCUGCUGCACAUCCGAAGGGCUAUCAACCCGUCAUGCGUGACCAUCCUUGGACCCUCCAUCUGCUCUCCGCCAUGAUCGCAGGUGCAGUUAGCACGACCUGCACGACGCCGCUCUGGGUCAUCAAAACUCGCUUCAUGACCCAGUCGCGAAGGGAAGUGAGAUACAGACAUACCUUCGACGCCGCUUGGACCAUAUACGAAACAGAGGGCAUACGCGCGUUUUAUCGCGGAUUAUUACCCAGCUUAUUCGGAAUUCUCCAUGUCGCCGUACAAUUUCCUCUGUACGAACAACUCAAGAUAUGGGCACAGGGCGACUCGGAUGCCCCGUUGCACGGUCACACGAUCCUUCUUUGUUCCGCCAUCGCCAAAAUGACCGCUUCCGUCGCCACAUACCCCCAUGAAGUGAUCAGAACCCGAUUGCAGACUCUCCGUCUUCCCAUCGCCGAGGACAUGUCUUCGGACGGCAUGAUCAAGAUGCACACCCGUCGCGGUAUUAUUUAUAUCACUCGCAAGAUCAUUCAGAAAGAGGGCUGGUCCGGUUUGUACAAGGGACUCUCUGUCAACUUGUUCCGGACCGUACCUAAUAGUGCGGUUACCCUGUUAACCUACGAACUCUUGAUGCAACACUUGUCAUCCCGGGACGCUCACGUGACCAACUAAUUCGUAUUAUGCCAACAUUAUUCCCGGGGAAAAUCGGACUGCUUUUCUACUUAGAUCGAGCCUCGCACUUUUUUCCUUCUAGUGGUUGGCUGAUCCACAAAAGACAAUCAUGUCUGACAGUGUAUGUUCUGGCAUGUAAGCCCCCAAUUAUCAGAUGUGUUGUGUUACAUGGUCACUCUUCAGAUGAUCUUGUAUCUGUAUUUGGUGCUAUGGUUGAAUUGCUCAUAAUGUAUAGUGUCUCUAACCUUCUACAUUACCACACAGAUGACAAAGUGUUGUGGGACUGGGCAGUUGUCCAUGAUGAGGAAGUUUGGACUGCACAUGGGCAGGCUGUCAAGAACACUGGCAUGUAUGUCCCAGGCUCCUUUGACUGUAAACUGCACAACAUUGCUGAAAAAAAUUAAUAUGGACUACAAAACCUGGGAGUUUCAU